CACACACCUCGCUUGCACAACGUGUGCUGUCAAACUUCGUCAAACUGUCGUGGGCCGCUUAUGCUACAUGGGCGUAUUUUCUUUGCUGUAUGGGCAGCAUUUGACGCGCGUCGUUUGUUUACGCGAAAACAUAAACAAUUUCCUCUUUUUGUUCCUCAGGAGCGCUGCUAAGUUUUAUCGUAAAGCAGAGCACGAAACUACAGCCGGCAAAAUGCUCACGGUUUGCUGCAGAAUCUGCUUGAAAAAUACACAUUUCAAACAGAUGUUAUCUCUGUUCGAUACGUACAAGGGCUUCGUGAUUCGAGAUGCGUUGCUGGAACUGUUUCAAAUCAAGAUCCUGCCGACCGAAAUGUUAUCUACAAUCUGCAAUGCGUGUGUGGCAAAGGUGUGCACUGUGCGAGACAUCCGGGAAGAGUUCAUUGCCCAGGAAAGCAAAUAUCAAGAAAUUCUUGGCACUGAAGUGCUCCAAGAUCCAACACAUUCUCAAUCCCCACAAGCUUCGUCUACAAAUGUUUCUGCUAAAACUGAACCCACCCCAACGGUGGAAAGUACCACCCAGGAACAAAUUGUUGUGGCCACCAAAAGUACUGACACAGCGGUAGAGUCUCCUAUCGAACAAGCGAAUCUUGCGAUCAACAUCGAUGGAAAUGGCAAACUUCUACACGGGACUGGGGAAGUGUAUGAUUUAGAUGAGCGGGAUACACCACAUAGCGACUUUGAUGAAAUGCGCGAACCCGAACCCGAAAAGUCGCCGGAAAUAUAUGAAAUCACAAAACUCACAACAACUGACGACGCGAAUGAGGAGGAUAUAGAAAUCGCUAAAAAACAAGCGUGCAACGAAGAAAGUUCUAGCGGCAGUGAAUUUCAGCUGUAUUCGGCUACAGCAGCAAACAGUGAGGAAGAAACUUGUGAUGCAAACUGCAUGUAUAUCUGCGAACGAUGCGUCAUGUGUUUUGAGACGGACGAAGCGUACGAAUCGCAUGCUUGCUCAAUCGAGGAAGGGGAAAGCAAGCGUUCUUGCAAGAAGUUGCCAACCGGCGAGGACUCAUCGUCGGACAGGAAACAGACAAAAUAUGUGAAUCUCGCAGACAUCCAGUACGAAUGUCCGCACUGUUCAGUUUCGUUCGAACAGGAUAGUCAACUGCUACAUCACUGCCGGUUAUACCAUCUGGAUGAGUUUGAAGCUUUUCGUUGCACCAUAUGUAUGGCCGAGUAUGCCACACAGGCCGCACUGACCGAUCACAGCGAGUCGCAGCAUCCGACCGGGUAUCGGUGUCGAUUUUGCAAUAAAAAGCUUUUGAACUCGUACGCGCUGAAGAGCCACGAAAACGUACACACCAGGCAGCAGUCGUUCAGAUGUACCGUGUGCAGCAAGAAGUUUGCCCAAUACACCAGCCUGUGGCGCCAUAUGGCGAUACACAAUGAUAUAAAGGCAUACGAGUGUGACAUCUGCGAGAAACGGUUCCGACAGAAAUCGGUGAUGAUAGCGCAUCGCCGCACGCACACCGGAGAGAAACCGUAUGUGUGUGAGGUGUGUUCGAAAUGUUUCCGGGACCAUAGCACACUUGCCAAGCACAGACGUGUGCAUGCAAAAGAUAAAAAGGAAACGUGUAAAACUAAAAAAGGGAACACGAUUUGGAGUACAUCUUGAAGGAAGGAAAUGUUCGGUUCCUUGGCCAUAUGCUUUAGUCAACAGUGACAAUGCGGCGCUAUUCAACAGAAUGAGUGAAAUCUUGUAACCAUUAUGAAGGAACUAAUGUAUUUGCUACCUACAAUGACAACUUUGUAUAGGAUUUCUAGAAAAUCCGGAAUGCAUGUAUCAGAAUACCACGGGAAUAUUUUCAACUGUAAUGUGGCCCGCGACCCAAAACAAGUUUGACAACACUGCCCUAAGAUGCAUUUACACUUCACUUUUAAAUUUUUUUAGCAUUCGUAGCAGUUUCAGUGAUUCACGGAAUACACUCAAUAUUUUAAAGCAUUCUAAUUGCUAUGCUUUGUAGGUGUAUGUGAUUUUGAAAAGAUUUUGAAAUAGGUUUUUGAAAAAUUUACAAAAAUCGCAUAUACUGUUAAGCACGUGCCAAUUAAAAAGCUAUAAUGUAAUAGUUGGCAGGAAAUUUAAGUUCAACUAGUUAGUAUAAAGUGUACCAUAUGUUCAGAUAAGUUCUGUUAUAAUUUUUGUGAAGUUAUUUUAAUAUUUUUUUUCAGAGGAUAAGAAUUUUUAUAGGAUAUAUAGGAUGAGAUUAUUUUUAUAUUUCUAUUAUUGAAAUUGAAUGUGCUGUGCGUUCGUCUUUAUGAGCGCGCUUCACAAACCAUGACCGUCACAACCACAAAGAACGUACUAAGAUAUCUAAGCUAAAUGUCGAUUCCCGUAGCACCUUAGUAGUGAAGUCUCUACACUUUCACCGUCGAUUGUUGGAAAUUAAAUCAAUCUCCUAAUCAAAAUAAAAUCAUUUCAUUUAGCUUCGAAAACAUUAAUGAUUUCGGGAAACUUUCAAUAUUUCUGUAUGGCAACUUUUCAAAAUUAUCGCAAUUACAUUAAAAAUGUUUUAAGAUCGACGAUAAACUACAACUACAGACUAAAACAUAUCAGGAAAGUUGCAUUUGUCGAACUCCUCCAUUGUAUGUUAUAUGCAAUGAAAACAAUUUUACCGAUUUCACUGAUUGCAUUCCAUACCCAAGUCUAGUUUUUACAAUGUUCAUGAAAAUCAGAUUUCCCAUACAACCUGGUGUCAUUUUUUUUUGGUAUCUCGAAACUAUCUAAUAUACAUCAAAUACAGUGGAGCGUCGUUUAUCCAAAUACCUUUUAUCCGGCUGUCUGUUCAUCCGUGCUGUUGAGAAAUGACAGUUUAAUACAAAAAUGACUUUGCGUGCUGUGGAGGGUAUUUGUAAAAAAUCGGUUAUCAGAGAACAUUGUCAUAACAAAAAAGCAAUAAAUCAUGGCCAAUUUAAAAUAAUCUGAUUGGAAAAUAUGAAGACUAUAAAAACUGGCAAGGUUUUACCAAAACAUAAUACAAAUUUCCAAAAAAAAAAGUCCCGAUGAGCUCGGAUAAACGGCCCUUCACUGUAAAUCCAUUUGACAAUUUAACAUCAGAAAACUUUAUUUCAUCACUAAACAAAAUCAACUAUAUUUCCUACGCUAAUUCCUACGCUAAUUCUUACACUAUUCAUAUGCUGCAUAUAUAUAUAACCGGGUAUGGUUUGUCAACUGGAACAAGAAUUGUUCCUGCCGGAAAAUAUGUUGAAGCAAGAAAAAAGCAAAACCUCGUAGCUGCCUGUUACGGCUAUGAUGGUAUCGGUCAUCGUACAACUUAAAGAAAAGUCCGUAAUGGUUCAAAUCACAAAACAACCGAUUUCUCCUACAUACGAGACUAACUAAUUGGGUAUGGAUGGAUUACGCGGGCCUUGAUCUACUAUGGUUGUUGCGCCACAUACGAGAAAAAGAAGAAGUAGAAGAAAAAAAAGAUUAUGGAUGGAGUUCUUCUUGUUGGUUUAUUUAUUGUAUUGGUGUGCUAAGAUGAACAUCGACGUUUCGAAGCUUAUUUACUACUAUGACCAUCGCCAUGGCAUUUACUUAAGUUCAAUAAUUAGUAUGGACGAGAGAAUGGCUAUUUUGCUGAGGGUGAACCAAUUAGUGACUGAUAGUCCACCAAAUGGUGCCAAAAUAGAUGAAUAGAUGAAAUAGAUGAAAUUCGUUAAAAUUCGCUUUGUAAUACGUUCCAAGUACUACUUUCAUUACAUAAAUUAUCUGCUGUUUUGUGAGCAGACCUAGAAGCAGUCCUUCUUAAUGUUUUGUUGUCAAUAGUUUAUAGUACUGUACAUUAUAGUUUGUUUUAAAAUUUACCAAGUCAAAAUGAAAAAAUCAAAUUUAUUGCUAUUUGCUAAUUAAAUUGCUAUGUUUAUUAGGAAGAUAAAACCUCCUUAA